AUGGAUGGUUAACGAAGGGAAAUGUCUACAGCCUGAACCCAUUUGACGGCGUUUCUCAGUUACAGAAAAAACGUUUCAUAGAUCAACCGUUAUCUGUCUUCUGCUGCAAGCUUGUCGCAAUGACCCAGCUAUUCCUGGCGGAUAUUUUCAUUUUUCAGUGUGGAAUUAUCCUCCUGGUUCUUGGCUCCAUGGCUUUGUUUGUGUGUUUAUUUCCACACAUUAUUCCGCUAGGUAUUGAAGAGAAAGAGCGGAAACACGGAGCCUGCAGCCCGCGAAGCGCCCUGGAUGUGUCCAAUGAUAGAAUGAUAGCUGACGUUAUUGUGGCUAAUGCUUUUCAACAAGAAAAUGAGUCCUACCUGAAAUGUGUCGGGCACAGCUCGGUCAAAAGGGUGGCAUCACACUUGCACGGUAUUGAUCGUGGGCAUCGAUCAAAAAAGCCGCCGUGGCGGCAGCAUGAUUCGAUCAGCUCAGAUGCAGGCUGGAUUCAAUCUUUCCCAUUACCUCCGAAUAGAAAUGAGGUAUCAAGUGUGACGCUGGAUUUCGGCAUGACCCGCCUGGUCGAGCAACCCGACGCUCGCUGGCGGUACGACACCAGCGCUAGAAAUGCACAGGACUUACAUGUUGAGAGGUCCGGUGGAAUCAGCCGGCACACAGCCCGGGAGCUGCGAGAUCGGUAGGCUGAUCCAGGCAUAACAGCCAGAAUGGCAAACCAGUGCGUCACCACGUUUUCAGGUCUCGAUUGGGCGGAUCCACCAUCACAAGCAGCAUGGUUUGCAUGGACUCCGACGGACAGAGACAGAAAUGCGUGACAUUCUUGCCACCUGAUUCCGAGGGCUUUUUAUCUUCAUCAGUGGACACGGGUGCGGGCAACAGAUCCCAUAGCCUCAGGUAUUUUAACGAAAGACAGCAGUUGCCAUCGUACAUCAGAAUGGAACGGGACAAAGUAAGGCCUCCAUCGCUACCACCAGCAGAAAACACAACCGGGGUUACAUCGCCUGCUCACCUUCCUCCGUUUGCCACACCUACCCGGGGAUCGAAGACGCCAAACUUGAGGCAGAUGAAGG